UGGGCGGGGGCCGGGGCGCGGGACGCGGGGCCGGGGCGUGAGAAGGGCCGUGUCUGCCCGCCCAGCCAUGGCGGCCCCGGAGCCGACGCCGAGGAGGGGCCGUGAGAGGGAGCGAGAGGACGAGAGCGAGGACGAGAGCGAGAUCCUGGAGGAGAGCCCGUGCGGCCGCUGGCAGAAGCGGCGGGAGCAGGUGAACCAGGGGAACAUGCCCGGGAUCCAGAGCACGUUCCUGGCCAUGGACGCGGAGGAGGGGGUGGAGGUGGUGUGGAACGAGCUGCACUUCGGCGACAGGAAGGCCUUCGCGGCCCACGAGGAGAAGAUCCUGACCAUGUUCGAGCAGCUGGCGCUCGUCGACCACCCUAACAUCGUGAAGCUGCACCGCUACUGGCUGGACGCCUCGGAGACCCGCGCGCGGGUGGUCUUCAUCACCGAGUACGUGUCGUCGGGCAGCCUCAAGCAGUUCCUGAAAAAGACCAAGAAGAAUCACAAGGCCAUGAACGCCCGGGCCUGGAAGCGCUGGUGCACGCAGAUCCUGUCGGCGCUCAGCUUCCUGCACGCCUGCAGCCCCCCGAUCAUCCACGGCAACCUGACCAGCGACACCAUCUUCAUCCAACACAACGGCCUGGUCAAGAUCGGCUCCGUGUGGUACCGCAUCUUCUCCAACGCCCUCCCGGACGAUCUCCGCAGCCCGGUCCUGGCGGAGCGCGAGGAGCUUCGGAACCUGCACUUCUUCCCUCCGGAGUACGGAGAGGUGGCCGAAGGCACCGCCGUGGACAUCUUCUCCUUCGGGAUGUGCGCGCUGGAGAUGGCUGUGCUGGAGAUCCAAGCCAACGGGGACGCCCGGGUCACCGAGGAAGCGGUGGCUCGGGCCCGGCAUUCCCUGAGCGACCCCAACAUGCGGGAGUUCAUCCUGUCCUGCCUGGCCCGGGACCCCGCCCGCCGGCCCUCGGCCCACAGCCUGCUGUUCCACCGGGUGCUGUUUGAGGUGCACUCACUGAAGCUCCUGGCGGCCCACUGCUUCAUCCAGCACCAGUACCUCAUGCCGGAGAACGUGGUGGAGGACAAGACCAAGGCGCUGGAUCUGCACGCCGUCUUGGCGGAGGUCCCCCGGCCCCCCCGGCCCCCCGUGCAGUGGCGGUACUCAGAGGUGUCCUUCUUGGAGCUGGACAAAUUCCUGGAAGAUGUCAGGAACGGGAUCUACCCGCUGAUGAACUUCGCGGCCGCUCGGCCCCUGGGGCUGCCCCGGGCGCUGGCCCCACAGCCCGAGGAGGCCCAGAAGGCCAAGACCCCAACGCCAGAACCCUUCGACUCAGAGACCAGAAAGGUGAUCCAGAUGCAGUGUAACCUGGAGAGGAGCGAGGACAAGGCGCGCUGGCAUCUCACGCUGCUCCUGGUGCUGGAGGACCGGCUGCACCGGCAGCUGACCUAUGACCUGCUCCCAACCGACAAAGCCCAGGACCUGGCCGCCGAGCUCGUGCACUACGGCUUCGUCCGCGAGGAUGACCGGGCGAAGCUGGCCGCCUUCCUGGAGAGCACGCUCCGCAAGCAUCGCGGAGCCUAGGGCCGAGCCCCUGGCCUGGGCGCGCGCCCCGUGGGCACUGCCGAAGGCAGCCCUGUGGGCCCCGGGUGGGGUGGGGGUGGCGGGGCCCCUCGCGCCUCCACGGUCACCCUGCUAUGUCCGCGGGUCUUCUGGCCGGGAGGCCCUCGGGAGGACACCCGGCCCGUGACUGGGCACUGGGCCUGCACAGCGGAAGGCGGGACACGCACACCCCUCCCCCCUCCCAACCCUGCAGGUGUCAGGCAGGGCGCUGGGCAGUGGGCAGGGCCGGACCUGGAGGGAGAAGCAGCGGGGAGAGCCCAGAGUCCAAGCUUCAGUGCCCGAAGCCUAGGUCCCCUCCAGCCCACACCCACCCAGAGUCCACCACCUGCUGCCCCGGCAGCCCCGCCAUCGGGCGGAGCUCAUGCCCUCCUCCCUGGGCAGCCGGGAGCCGCCAGGAAAGGGUGCCUGGCUCCGGUCUAUGUCACCCAAGUGCUGGGUCAGCCUCGCACAGUCCGGUGCUGGCCCGGAGACGCCUCCCCAACGCCUGCCUGGAUCGCUUCCCAGGCCUGUCCACUGCACGAGGAAGGCUGACCACUGUGCCUGUCGGUGCCGCCGUGAGGCCGCAUGUACUGGCCCGAGACGGCAGCCUUUGCUACUGACCCGUAGGUGGGCGGGCUGACCCGGGCUGACCACCACAGCCGGGGUGGGUUGAGCUCACGGCCCUGCCGUGGUGGGCGCUUCCUGCUGGCUACAAGCGGGGCGGCCCUCCCCCCGCCCUCGAGGCCAGCGCCAGGAGCUUGAGUCUGCCCCCAGCCCCCCCUCCUGUGCCGCGGGGAGGUGCUCCUGCCUCCCACGGCGGCUGUGCCGGGCCCAGGACAACGGCCCUCUCGGUCCUCGCUGUCGGUCACCUUGUGCCCAGUCAGCCGAGGGCUAGGGGCUGACCCCAGAUGAAGGCCAGCCCUGAGAACAAAGACGUCUCGAGUCUCCGUGCCUUACGGUGCCCGCGGUGUACACAUUCCAGUACUGCUCACGACACGGCCGCCAGGUCUCACAGCACGCACACGGCCCAGGUCCCGGCUGAGCGAGCCCGCGACAGCGCACUGUGAUUAAACGGAAUUUUCCCAGCGUCCGA